AUAAUUAAUAAGCAGGAAGUGUAUCUACAAACAAGCAGUCACGUCGGGGAAAUUUAAGAUUGUGGUGGAGGCAGAAACGUUGAGAUCUUUCUUGCUUCGUUUUAAAAUAGCAGAGUGACUUAAAUGAAACAUUCUAAAAGGGUCUGGUCGCCUGACAGUCACUCUGUGUUCGUCUGAAGAACUAGUCUGAUCGAGAGUCAGUACAUUACAAAGAUGUCAGACAUUGGGGACUGGUUUAAGAACAUCCCAUUUAUCACUCGAUACUGGUUUGCAGGAUCAAUCCUGGUACCUCUGAUUGGAAAAUUAGGUCUCAUCAGUCCUGUGUACCUGGUUCUGUGGCCGGAUGCUUUUAUUAACAAAUUUCAGAUAUGGAGACCGAUAUCAUCAACGCUGUAUUUCCCGGUAGGCCCAGGGACUGGAUUUCUGUACCUGGUUAAUCUUUAUUUCCUCUAUCAAUACUCAACAAGACUGGAAACAGGUGUCUUUGCUGGAAGACCAGCGGACUUUAUAUUUAUGCUGCUCUUCAAUUGGAUUUGCAUUGUUAUAACAGGCUUAAUAAUGGACAUGCAGCUAUUGAUGAUUCCCCUUAUAAUGUCAGUGCUGUACGUAUGGGCUCAGUUGAACAGAGACAUGAUUGUAUCUUUUUGGUUCGGCACUAGAUUUAAGGCUUGCUACCUUCCUUGGGUGAUUCUCGGUUUCAACUACAUUAUUGGAGGAUCGAUUGUCAACGAGCUUAUUGGAAACCUUGUUGGACAUUUGUAUUUCUUCUUGAUGUUCAAGUACCCCAUGGACUUGGGAGGGAGGACCCUUCUCUCAACCCCGCAGUUUCUGUACCGCUUCUUCCCCAGCCAGAGAGGGGGAGUAUCUGGGUUUGGAGCCCCCCCACCUAGCAGGGGACAUGCAGCCGAUGAGCAAGCUGGGGCCAGGGCUGGCCGACAUAACUGGGGCCAGGGAUUCCGACUUGGGGACGACUGAGGAAACCUCCUAUUACAAGCAAAGACUUUAACUACUGUGCAAACGGACAUUGUUCAGAACAUUGUGUGGUUUUGAACAAGUUGUGUCUAGCAUUCUGGGAUAAACGCAAAGUGCAGCAGUGUGUCGACUAUUGACGUCAGAGCAGCAGAAAAGCACCAUAUUACAUCACACUAUGCAUUUACAUACAUUGUCCUUCUAACACAAACUAAUUAAGGUUAUACACAUAAAAGCAGAGGUAAAUAUUUCCUGACAGUAGUUUGUUUGAAAGGUGUUUUCUAUGGAAAGACUUAUGCUUACUGUAUGUUUUCAGUGUAUUUCUUUUUAAUUUUAUUUAGUUUUUGUUACGUUUGCCACAGAUGCAUUGGCUAAUGUUUUUGCUUGUUUGAUGUGUAGCUUGGUAGCUAUUAAUUUAGCUACAUCAGUUGGUAGAUGGAGAUGAAAAUGUACAAAUUAAGCAAUUACAUAUUUUUUUAAUAUACUGUAUGAAUUGAUACUAUAGGCUGUUUUUUUUUUGCAUGAUAUAUAUGAUCUUCCAAACAAUAUUGUGAUUUAAAAAAAUAAAUACCUGCUUUAAAUGAUAGUGUUGCACUUGUACAGGAUGCUUCACAAUGACUGUUAAAACAAAGCCUAUAGACUGGUAGACAUUCACAGAUUCAGAUGUUUCCUAGUUACCAUAAAUACAAGAGAAUUGAAAAUGGUCAGUCUGUGGUUAUGAAUGAUGGAACUGUAUUAUGUGUUUGUACUGCUGUUCUAAUACCAACUCUGGAACAGGUAGGGGAAUGUGACGUCUGUACUGUGCAUCCAGCAGUCUUUUCAGUUCAGAACUUACUACUGUUUAGCUAAUUGAUUCUAAACCCCCAGGUAAAGACUGGGUGUAAUACUAUUGUGUCCUGUUACCAACCAAAUACAGUGUUCUUAAUGAUGGAAAUGUUUACUUGACACUUUUUUUUUUAAUUUGCAGAAAAUAUUUUUUAAUGAAUGUGAAAUUGCGAGAAGUUUUCCAGCCUGUUUUAUUACACAUUAUGUUGUUAACAGGUUGGCAAUUAAUAACUUCAGACAUUCAUUUUACAAUAGAUAAAUCAGUUCAACACCAGAAUUGGCUCAAAAAUGACCUCAAACAAUGGAAAAUAUUCGUUAAGGUAUAAAGUUUAGUUAUUCUAUUGUAUUUUUUUAAGACUAAUAUAUGUGCAAAAAUAAGGCUUUUUUCUCAGUCAUGCUGAGAAAUAUUUUCAUCUCAAAGCAGUGAUUAUGAUUACCGCUUCGUCUUGACACAUCUUUCUAAAGCUAAGAAAGGUAUAGCUAAUCUUUUUUUCAAUGCCAGUUUUACAGAAAAUACAAUAAGAAAAACUGAUAGAUGUUCAUUGAAGUGGUUUAAGGGUCUCCAUAUAAAAUCCAGUGCUGUUUAGAUAAUUAAAAUAGAUGCCACUAACUUGUAUAACGACAGGAUUGGCAGAGAUAUUUUCCAUUGGUGUUGUGGUUAUGUUUCAGUCAUUACCACCAUCAGUCAGUGAUACCAAGUCACAUGAAAACAUGCAUCCCUAUCACUAUGAUGUAUCAUUUGCAUUCAUACAGUAUAUGGGAUAGGUGUUGUAAGUUUUAUAAGGUAAGAGCUAUUAAAAGUUUUUGCAAAA